AUGCCAACAGUUUUACUUCCCUCAUCCGCGGCAGCCUUUGCGCCGCGAUCUUCACCAAAUGUGGUCUUAACCUCAAAGGUUGCGCCGUGGUUGACGGCAACACUGAAACGAGUCAACCGGGUCAAACGUCCCUUGAACAAUGUCACCCAACACACCAAAUGUUUGACAGAAACACUUUCAUCGCCAAACGCUAUCUGGACUCUAUGCUCUAUGAUGUUCACCAAAGCCCCCGAAGCGGAGUUAGAGAAGGACACCAACUUGCUCUGGGAAUCAAUUCACCACUACCAGACUAUCCACGUGGAGGCCUACGUGGUGCACGUCGACAUGGUCUCCCGCAACGAAGUAGCCUUCAAACUAACCCCGGAGACGAUUGAAUCACUAGUUGAUUUCCACAAGGAAGUCUACUCAGUAGAUGCCGCCGCAAACACCUACAAUUGGUCAGGGAAGCACGCCCAACUGAAGAAACUACAGGAGGAGUUCGUCCAAGCCGCCAACAGAUUCGUGUACCGCACCGACGCCGACGCCCUCGAAGGCCUGGAAGAAGACGGCGCCGGAGAACUGCUCUGCGGCCGCAGCGAAGAGGUCAAGAAAGCCAUCGGCAACCUCUUCAUCCCACUGAUUCCGCCCCCGCCCCCAAUGGUAGUCGAAGUCCUGCGCCCCGUGCCUCUCCUCCCCAGCUCAACCGGACCGGAACCCUGGUGGAACAUGCCCCAGUCCGCGCCCGAGUCGUGGAAAGUACUGCCGCCCAGCCCCAACCCGACCACCACGGGCGAUUCUAACCCGAAUCUCUGGGCUAGUCUCAGUUUCAGUGAUGCGCAGCUUUCUCCAACCCCGUCUUACAGCCAGCCCUACACCACCGAGCCCUAUCAGUACGGAUGCAUGCCCACCUGCAUGCCCACCUGCAUGCCCUCGUCCGCCGCUAUCAGUGCGCUCCCGCUGCCUAGUAUGCUCGUCCAGCCUUGCAGCACCGCGUUCAACAUGGGUAUGGGCUUUGGCUGGGGAGAACUCGCUCCGCUGCCCUAUGGCACCACAAUCUAG